AUGUCAACGAAUUCCACCAGUGAAAACAAUAGACAUAUCAGAUCAUUCCGAGAUUUUGAAGAUCCACAACUAAUCGGUAGAGGUGGUUCUGGGCAAGUAUUUGCAGCGACGCAUAAAUAUGAUCGAAGACGAUGUGCAAUAAAAUGUGUUAAGUUGAUACCAGAAAACAAAGACGACGCUUUGAAAGAAGUGCGUGUUCUGGUUACUUUAUCACAUGAGAAUGUCAUUAGGUAUAUAAAUACUUGGGUGGACAGUGAUUGUAGUCACUCCGACGCCGGUGAAGCAGCAGAAUUUCCAAGUAGCGGAUUUAAUGAAGAUUCGACACAGAACAGUUUAUCAGAAAUAUUUAGCGCUAUGACCACCAGUGACAAAAAGAAUCCUGUUAGCAAGGAUGAUGAUAAUCGUUUUGAUGAUACAAGUAGUGGCACAACUUUCACGAAUAGCACUACCGACAGAACGAGUAGGAGUGAUCGAAACGAAAAUAAUGAUAACAGUGCUACUGAAAGGUCUUUCAAUAUCACUCAAGAUACAUCAUCCGUUAAUAGUUCAUACGUUGAGGUGACUUCACCUAAGAAAACAUCGGUACAAAGCAACGAAAACUUGUAUAUCGUUACAGAAUUAUGUCACCAUCAUACUUUGCACGAUCGUUUACAACCAGAAUAUCGUCACGAAAACAGCAUAGAUCGUCUUCGCGGAUUGGAAAUCUUCUAUCAAAUUGUGAACGGCAUGACCUAUAUUCAUGAACAUGCACAGAAACUGAUUCAUCGUGAUUUGAAGCCAGCAAACAUAUUUUUUUCUUUGUCUAAUGGCACAGUCAAAAUUGGUGAUUUCGGUUUGGCGAAAACGAUUGCGAUGAAUGAAACCGAAUGUAAUUCGUCUGAACUAGACGAUGGCGUUGAAAAUUCGCAAACAGGUGAUGAAAAAUGGAAGUACAGUAGUACUAAUCCAAAGCAUGGAACGCCUUCAUAUAUCAGUCCAGAACAACUGCGCGAUGAGCAACCAACUCAAAAGUAUUCAUCCUUGAUUCGUCGAUUAAUCACUCAUGACAAAGAUUUACGACCAACAUCAAGUGAACUGCAACGUAAUAAGGAGUUUGAUAUCGACAAGGAAGAUUAUAAAACUUUGCAAAAUGGAGUUCAACGAACCGCAGCAUGCUCAAUCGCAACGGAACCAAAGCCAGGUUUUUAUUGA